CUCUCCCCAAGCCUCGAAUCUUUGUCCGUCUAAUCAACUACCAUAAUCCCAACUCCUCUUUUCCCACUCACUCAUAGCUACCUUCGUCUGACUCCUGAUAAAACAUCCCACCAGAUCGUGCCACGAGUUCAUAAUUGUGCCGAAACUUACCUUAAAUUCGGGACCCUAAAAACUAUUUCUAAAAAAUCCAGUCGAGUCCGUUUACUAAUUUUGAAGCGCACCACCAUAACCUGGGUCGUAUAUCAUAUAUUUUAAUACACCUCACAUAAUACAAGCACAAUGGAAGCAAUCAACAGCCUGGCAAGCGUGGCAACCAAGGCCAUCUGGGGGGAGACCAACAACAACACCACUACUACCAACGACAAAGAUGCUCCCGCAACCCCCGAUGUAACAAAGAAGGAGCCUAUUUCAGGUGUCCAAGGAGACACGGCCAAGGGUGAGCCGUUUGACGCCGGCAACAUUGAAAAUGUCGACGCUGCCAGCAGGACCCAGGCCGAGAGCAAGAUCAAGAUAGACGACAAGACCGAAGACGAGAGCAAACCCAAGACGGAAAACAAGCCUGAAGCUGACCCAACCGUCGGAGACAAGCCUUCGUCCCAUAUGAAGGAUGACAGCACCACUCACCAAAGUGACGUCCGUGAUCCCGCGACCACGGCCGAACACCACAAGGAGGAGAAGAAGCACGAUGUCGACAAUGUCGAGCCCCUUCAGGCAGACAAGCUCAAGGGCCCCGGUCCUAAACCACUUGAGGUGGUUGCCCGGGAGCGCGGAGGCGACGCUGGUAACACGCCGGCGGAUGCCAAGACAGACUCUCCGAACCCUGUCGAUGGUGCAGCAGACGUUGCUAAAGAUGACGCCGAGAAGAAGAAGGACUCUCCCAAGCUCAACGAAGAUGGCGAGCCUCUGGGUAUGAAGCAUAUUAGCAGCACUGGUGUCGCUGCUGAUGGCGGCGAUUUUGAUGCCGCCAACCCUGGUGCUGGAGCAGAGGCCGAGAAAAUCCUACACGACAAAGGCAUCCACACCGACAAGCCGGCGGCGGACAAGAAGGAAGAUUCGCCCACCCGUAAGGCGGUCUCACCCAGCGGCAAGUCUACGGGCGGAAGCCCCGACAGAAAAGGAAUCAGGGGUCUCGGUCAUAAGAUUAAGGAUAAGCUGCGCCGGAGCUCUCAGUCCUGAGUUAGUCGGGGGCAACCAGUGAUGAUGGUUCCAUCGAUCCUGUUGUUGACUUUGCUAUUAUCCCUAACGCCGGUUUCCUUUUUGUAGUUGAUAUCCAGGGCAUACUGAUUGGGAGGAACCACGAAAGGGGGAUUUCGGUUUGUCCGACUUUCAACCUGUACAGUUCUUUGUUGAAUCAGCUGUAUUGUUUGCCUAUUUGCUUUUGCAUUUUUUUGUCAAAUUAUUUUUUAAUAGACGACCGGCCUGGUUGAUGAGUUUUGAUGAAUUUCUUUGAUGCUUUUGUUUUGGGAGUAACCAUGAAGUCGUGGUGUGUUCAACUUGAAUGCAUGUUUCGAUCAUAUGAUGGGUUUCUAGCACUUUGACCGGAAGCUUUAAGUACC